AUGUCAACAGCUUCCGAUAGUGUAUUUGGAGGCGCCAAUGGUCUUCUGGAAGUAUACAUUAGUAGGGCAAGGGAUUUGCCUAACUUAAGGAAGCUGGACAAACAAAGCCCUUUUGUUCGGUUAAGACUUGCCCAUAUGACCGAAACAUCGGAUGUCGUUUCUCGAGGAGGACAAACACCUCGGUUCAACUUUUAUACUAAAUUUGACCUUACUCCAGAUGUUAAACCCUUACUAUUAAUUGAACUGUUUGAUGACAAGUCGCCCCCGCGGCUUAUUGGUCAGUGCGAAGUUGACCUAACGCCUGCUCUCUAUAAAGAUCCUGAAGAUGGACAUGACGAUUGGUACCAACUGUACCAUGGGUCCGAGGAAGCAGGACAAAUUUACAUGGAGCUGACCUUCCACCCUGUGGUACCCACUGCAAGAGCGCACCAUAUGGAUGAUGAAAAUAAUGAAUUCGAAGCAUCUCUCGCGAGCCGGCCUCCGCCUCCCUUACCGUCUAACGUUCCAACUGUUCAACUAAAAAACUUCAUGAGCAAAUCUGAUGAUACCGAUAGGCGGGCAGGUAACCGAUACCUACAUGCAUCACGAGUGCAACAACACAUACCGUCUAUUGGGCAGGGCGCUUCACUCCGCGAGUCUUCUGCUCCUCCAAUGCCGCCAUUUAAUUUCUCAUCCUCUAUAAAUUCCAAUGCUACUGGAGAUUCACAGAUCACACAUAAUUCGCAAAGUAGUCACUCUACGAUUAACACUACUGGUACGACUGAACCACUGUUUGCAAAAUUAAAACAAUUAAAAGAGAAAUGGAGAUCUAUAAAGAACCCGAAUCCUGAACAGCUUGGACAAGAAAAUAAAGUAGACCUUAAAGCUUUACAGAAAGUCGUUGGUGUAGCAAUCGAUGAUACCGAAGACAAUAAUGACAUGAGGACAUCGAGCAGAAUAUCGAUGGAAUCAUCCAAGUUUAUCUCACAACCGCCUCUUCCGGAGUUGCCGAAGCAAUGCUCUCGCAAGUCAAGUUUCGAAAACAGUCCUACAAGACUUUCGCCAGCGACGCAUGGCCGUCUUAAUUCACAUAUGCCACAAUUAUCUCCACGAUUACCACCUCUCCCAUCGUCCCCGUCAUUUACAAGGAAAACCUCGUCUCCAUCUCCAACGAGAAGAAGACCUCCUCCACUUCAUUAA